CCACCCCCUCCACCCCCCAGAUGUGUAGAUUCCCCAGCCUGGAACAAAGAUGCCCCCAGCCCAUCUCCUCGGCCCGCCCCGGGGACCUGGAGACUCAAGGUAAGUGAGGAGGAAGAUGAGGAAGAUAAAUAUGAGCUGCCACCCUGUGAGGCUCUGCCCUUCAGUCUUGCCCCAGCCCACCUUCCUGACACCGAGGAAGAGGACUCUUUGUACUUAGAUCACCCUGGCCCCCUGGGCCCUUCCAAGUCGCCACCACUGCAGCCCCAGGCCACAACGCUGAAGGUGGUCCUGAGCCUGCGGGAGGCUAGGAAGCAGGGACAGCCCUUCCCCGUGGGGAAGCAAGAGCUGGCUACACCGGCCAGAGUGGUGCCAGGCCUUCCAAAGAAAUCUGAAGAGAACCUCUACCUGGAGUGUGAGCCCAGUCCAGUCCUGGCCUUGCCUCAGAUUCUGAGCUCCCAAGUCCUGACGCCCCCAAUCUCUCUGCCAAGGGUAUCAUUGGUGCCCAGGCCCACAGUAACCCCCCAGGAAGCUCGGAAUGGAGCAGCGAAUGCCACCCCUAAAGCAGGAAGGAGAUCCUCUCUUUCCUCUAGAGCACCCACCUGGAGCACCUCAGCUGCUGAGGACGGCAGCCUGCUGGGUCAGCCCUGGUACUCAGGAAACUGUGACCGCCAUGCCGUUGAGAGUGCCCUGCUCCGAUUCCAAAAGGAUGGGGCCUACACUGUGCGCCCCAGCUCAGAGCCUCAUGGCUCCCAGCCCCUCACCCUGGCGGUGCUUCUCCAUGGCCGGGUCUUCAACAUUCCCAUCCGGCGGCUGGAUGGUGGGAGCCACUAUGCCCUGGGCCGGGAGGGCAGGAACCACGAGGAGCUGUUCCCCUCCGUGGCGGCCAUGGUCCAGCACUACACACAGCAGCCCCUGCCCCUUGUCGACAGACACAGCCGCCGCCGUCAGCUCACCUGCCUGCUCUUCCCCACCAAGUCCUGA